AGAAGAAAUCAGCGUGAAUAUUGUGAAAAGGGAUUUGAUAAGGGCGGGAGAGUAAGAGUAGAAAAAUGGAGAAGUUUGUGCCGUGAGCGAACCGUUGCCGCUAUUUCUAGGGUUUGAAAUUUCAACGCAGAUUUUUUUGUUGGAUUUUUUAAUGAUCAUUAUCUGACGCAAAAGGAAAGAUGGAGUUUAUAGCCUUUGAGUGAUUCAAACGUUGAAUUCUUUCGUUGACUGAUAAUACCCAAUGAAGCAAAGCUGGAGGAGAGAGAGGUUGAUGAUGGAAGUGGAUCACUCUGUUCUUCCUGAAAUAUUUAUUGUGUCAGUUGACCUUCCUGUUUUCCCCCAAUUUUUUCUCUUUCGUUCAUCUUCCCUGUCCCUAUUAUCGUCAUGGGAAUCUGCUGCGCAAAACCUGCCAAGCUUGCUCAUGCUUCUUCAAGCAUUGUUUCUGGAACGGAUAAACCAAAUAGCAAGCCCAACGUGGAAUCAGCCGAUUCUAGUUUGAAAACUGUAAGUCUUAACUCUAGUAUGCCUGUCAUCAAACCGAAAUUCGACGUGUCUGGCACCUCGGCUCUCAAAUCUUUUAGCUUCAUUGAUCUCAAGAAUGCCACCAAGAACUUCCGUAGUGAAAGUCAAAUUGGCGAGGGAGGAUUUGGAUGUGUCUUUAAAGGAUGGAUCGAUGAGCACUCUUAUCUUCCUACCAAACCUGGAACUGGAAUUGUAGUGGCUGUCAAGAAACUCAAGCGAGAGAGCCUUCAAGGCUACAAGGAAUGGCUUGCGGAAGUAAAUUAUCUGGGCCAGCUUCGCCAUGAAAACCUUGUCAGGCUCAUUGGUUAUUGCUCCGAAUCCGAUAACAGACUCCUGGUUUAUGAGUAUAUGCCAAAGGGAAGUCUGGAAAAUCACUUGUUUAGAAAAGGUGUUACACCUAUUUCUUGGCGUGUGCGAAUGAAUAUUGCAGUUGACGUGGCACGGGGAUUAGCAUUCUUACACAGUUCUGAACCUAAUGUUAUAUAUCGUGAUUUGAAGGCUGCCAACAUUUUACUUGAUUCAGAAUUCAAUGCAAAACUCUCAGAUUUUGGCUUAGCAAGGGAAGGCCCUACGGGAGACAAGACUCAUGUUUCGACCCGGGUAAUAGGAACUCGAGGCUAUGCUGCCCCUGAAUAUGUAGCAACAGGUCACUUGACUCCAAAGAGUGAUGUAUACAGCUUUGGGGUGGUUUUGCUAGAACUGCUCUCAGGCAAGCGAGCACUAGACCAGGAGAAAGUUGGGAGAGUUGAAGAGAGCCUUGUGGAUUGGGGGAAACCACUUCUAAGUGACGGUAAGCGCAUGUUAAGGAUAAUGGAUACGAGGAUGGGCGGUCAAUAUUCGAGAAAAGAAGCUCAAGCUGCAGCUUCGCUUGCACUGAAUUGCCUCCACACAGAUCCCAAAAACAGGCCAUCCAUGAGUGAAGUUCUUGACGAAUUGGAACGACUACACGCCACAAAGGAUGUUCCAAGGACCCCGGACGUUCAUGCCAUCAGACGCACUCCACCUGCUAGAUUUCAAUCAUAAUUUGUUUCCUCGAAUUGUUUCAUUGGCCAACAAACGCACCAUGUCUUACCUACUACAGAAGAUGUGUGCUGUACAAGUUUUGUGGAUAUUUCCAAGUAGAAUAUAUACACCACACCUUAAGGAAAUGUAAUCAACACAUUUACAUUUAUAAAAACAGUCGGCAAGUCUUUUCAAAUAAUCAGGAAGAAAGACUUGUUAUAGU